AUGCGCCAAACUGUAUGUGGCAGACACAGUUUGUCCGUAAUAAGGAGGGAUUCUGGGAGGGAGCGUAGAGGAGAAAAAGUGCAUUUCUGCCACUGUGACUAUGGUAACAUUGACAGCAAACAAAAUAAUAUACACUUCUACAGCUGUAUAAUUAAUUUAAAGCAUGAUAUUCAUAGAUUUGGUAGAAAUUUAACUUUUUCUUUAUUUGAACAAACUUGUUUUCCUCGUGAACUUGUUUCAUGUUAAACAAAAACAGCAAAGUAUUCUAUAUAAAACAUACUGCUUCAGACUAGAAAAUAAAUUUUAAAUCAAUCCUAGUGUUCCCAUUACUUUCAAUGAAUACUCAGUAUAUUCAGCCAAUCCUAGUGUUCCCAUUACUUUCAAUGAAUACUCAGUAUAUUCAGCCAAUCCUAGUGUUCCCAUUACUUUCAAUGAAUACUCAGUAUAUUCAGCCAAUCCUAGUGUUCACAUUAAUUUCAAUGAAUACUCAGUAUAUUCAGCCAAUCCUAGUGUUCACAUUAAUUUCAAUCACAGUACUAAGUAUAUUGAUAUUCAGCUAAUCUUAGUGUUUACAUUAAUUUCAUUGACAAUAUUAAGUAUCUUCAGCCAAUCCUAGUGUUCCAAUUAAUUUCAAUGACAAUACUAAGUAUUUUCAGACAAUCCUAGUGUUCCCAUUAUUUUCAAUGAUCAUACUAAGUAUAUUCAGCCAAUCGUAGUGUUCCCAUUAUUUUCAAUGAUCAUACUAAGUAUAUGCAGCCAAUUGUAGUGUUCCCAUUCAUUUCAAUGACAAUACUAAGUAUACCCCAUGAACUCAGAAGGGGUUUGAGUGAUGUGAAGUUCAGCACUUGACAGGUCACUAAAAGACACAAAUACAACUGUUGCACGUGGUAAGAGCCCCAGUAGUGUUUUUGUGAAUUACACUAGUAGUUGGCGUAAAUAUACUGUACAUGCCGUUGUUGCGGAACAAGCCUCGCCACGUGUUCUUGGAGUGGGCUGGUUGCCCGCCUCCUACCUUCUGACUAUGGCCCUGGGAUAUAUGGCAUUUGAAAACACUAUUUGUGCCCUGUGACAAAACUGGAGAUUGUGCACAAAUAUGACUAUUGUCCAUAUUUUUUAUGAUUCCCUUUGUUUGUUGUACUGUUCCCCAUGUGUUUCAUCUGUUGGUCCGGCUGGAUAGACUACCAGACAAACUGUGGAGUUACUGGCUUCUUACACCAUAACAUAUGAAAAGGUUAAGGUUAUUAAGGUGCAUGAAGUGCCUGUUUAAAUCAAAGUUGAUCUAUAACAUGCGUUUGUCACUUUGCCUUGCCUGUAUUGUAAGUAUUAGUAACAUUGUUAUUAUGGUAUUGUCUGUCAACAUUGGUGAUUUGAUUUCUGUCUUAUUUGCAUAUUUACAGAGUCCCCAAAGACACCAGACUCUACUACAAAUGGUAAUACCUCGGCAAGCAAUGAAAGGUCAUCAUUAGACAUUCCUAACCAUCUGACUAAGCUGAGCAUAAAAAAUCAGAUAAAAAACGACAUAAAAAAGGAACUUAAAAUUAAAGAAGGAGCUAGAAACCUUCGCAAUGUUGUCACAAAGAAAAAACAUCUGGCACGUGUGGACAAGUUUCUUAAAAAGUCACAAAAGAACCUGGAUGAGCUAUACGACAAGCUCCAUGAGCAAAAUGCUAAAAUCAUUCUGCAAGAAACAGGUACGUUAGCAGACCUUGUGUUUGUAUUGCAUUUCAUAGCAUGAGUGUACGUAUGUGCGUGUUUAUUGUUACAGUGAAGGGAAAAAGUAUUUGAUCCCCUGCUGAUUUGGAACGUUUGACCACUGACAAAGAAAUGAUCAGUCUAUAAUUUUAAUGGUAGGUGUAUUUUAACAGUGAGACAGAAUAACAAAAAAGAACAUCCAGAAAAAUGCAUCUAAAAAAAUAUAUACAUUGAUUUGCAUGUCAAUUAGUGAAAUAAGUAUUUGAUCCCCUAUCAAUUAGCAAGGUUUCUGACUCCCAUGUGUCUUUUAUACAGGUAAUGAGCUGAGAUUAGAAGCACUCUCUUAAAGGGAGUGCUCAUAAUCUCAGCUCCUUACCUGUAUAAAAGACACCUGUCUACAGAAGCAAUCAAUCAGAUUCCAAACUUUCCACCAUGGCCAAGACCAAAGAGCUGUCAUAGGAUGUCAGGGACAAGAUUGUAGACCUACACAAGACUGGAAUGGGCUACAAGACCAUCAGCAAGCAGCUUGGUGAGAAGGUAAGAACAGUUGGUGCGAUUAUUCACAAAUGGAAGAAACACAAAAAAAGCUGUCAGCCUCCCUCGGUCUGGUGCUCCAGUCAAGACCUCACCUUGUGGAGUUGCAAUGAUCAUGAGAAGGGUGAGGAAUCAGCCCAGAACUACACGGGAGUAUCUUGUUAAUGAUCUCAAGGCAGCAGGGACCAUAGUCACCACAAAACAAUUGGUAGCACACUACGUCGUGAAGGACUGAAAUCCUGCAGUGCCUGCAAGGUCCCCCUGCUCAAGAAAGCACAUGUGGCCCGUCUGAAGUUUGGAAAUGAACAGAAGAAUGUUUCAGAGGAGAACUGGGUGAAAGUGUUUAUGGUCAGAUGAGACCAAAAUUAAGCUCUUUGGCAUCAACUUAACUUGCUUUGUUUGGAGGAGGAAGAAUGCUGCCUAUGACCCCAAGAACAGCAUCCCCAUUGUCAAACAUGGAGGUGGAAACAUUAUGCUUUGGGGAUGUUUUUCUGCUAAGGGGACAGGACAACUGCACCACAUCAAAGGGUCGAUGGAUGGGGCCAUGUUCCGUCAAAUCUUGGGUGAGAACCUCAUUCCCUCAGCCAGGGCAUUGAAAAUGUGUCAUGGAUGGGUAUUCCAGCAUGAGAAUGACACAAAACACACAGCCAAGGCAACAAAGGAGUGGCUCAAGAAGAAGCACAUUAAGGUCUUUGAGUGGCCUAGCCAGUCUCCAGACCUUAAUCCCAUAGAAAAUCUGUGGAGGGAGAUGAAGGUUCGAGUUGCCAAAUGUCAGCCCCUUAAUGACUUAGAGAGGAUCUGCAAAGAGGAGUGGAACAAAAUCCCUCCUGAGAUGUGUGCAAACGUGAUGGCCAACAUCUGACCUCUGUGAUUGCCAACAAGAGUUUUGCCACCAAGUACUAAGUCGAAGGGGUCAAAUACUUAUUUCACUCAUUAACAUGCAAAUCAAUAUAAACCUUUUUUGACACACGCUAUUCUGUCUCUCGCUGUUAAAAUACACCUACCAUUAAAAUUAUAGACAGAUAAUUUCUCUGGACAAACAUUCAAAAUCAGCAGGGAAUCAAAUACUGUUCUCCCUCACUGUAUAUAUAUUGAGAGGGAGAGAGAGAGUGACAAAAGAAUCCCAUAUUGAUGAACCCGACUACUUUUAGUGCUUUGUAUUUUAAAUAUAAAUAGCUUUAAAUUAUAAUAAAUACUAAUCCAGGUAUAUAUUUAUUUAGAAUGGCAGACCUUUACUUGCUGCCCAGUUACAUAUGUAAAGCGCUUAAUGAGAAACAUAAAGGCCCAAUACAUACAGAUCACUUGCCAUGAUCAGAUCAAACCACAUACGUAGUAAAACACAGCAAACAAACCAAUCUCCCAGUGACAGUGUGCCUGCGCAAAGCUCUACUUAGUUAGUUCUUCCAAAAACUGAAAUGGGCACAGUGCAUAGUGCGUACAUUACAGUCAGCAUAAAUAGGUUGCGUUACAUAGACACUCGAGAUUGGAGUUGACACCAUUAUUAAUGCAGUAUUCAAAAUGAAUAAUAUAAAAACAGAACAAUAUAAAUAUAUAAUAAAUUGUAAAUAAAAAGAUCCUGACUUUUAAUUUUUCAUAUUUCCUGCAAAUCAUCAGGAUCUGCAGCUUCUUCCGUGAUCUAUGCCCAGACCAGAGACAUCUGAUAUCUCUCAAUUCAUCCUGGUGAUUCCAAUAGUUUCUGUUGGAAUUUCCAAAAUAAUGUUCAUCAGGACUCUGUAAAAACACAUACAACUGUUAAGUGGCUUAUAGAAAAUACAACUUUAUGUUUGUUUUUUAUUUUUUAAAAUAAGAGUUUAUGUUUUUAGUUUUUAUUGAUCUUGAGCAAGUCUCAUUGACAUCUAGACGAGCUCAUUGGCAUCUAGAGUGAAUGCUUGUGUGAACCCCAAACAAGAUCUUGUAACAGGGAACAUUGCCUCCACCUGUGAUGUAAUCAAACAUGAGGAGGACUUUUGGCUGCUGUAUUUUUUGCAAGUUGUUUACUCAGUGUUUGUCAUUUAUUUAACAUUUCUUAUACUUGCUUCUUGAUUUAAUGUAGACCAGGUGCAGGUACAGGGUUUAUUGCAAGUGUAAUGAUUUUACAACUACUUUUUAAUAAUCUUGUCUAUUCCUUAUUUAACCUUGAGUGAUAUUAGCUGAUGACAUUUCUGAUAUGGGUUUUGUUUUACUACAAAUUGCCAGAAUGUCCCGAGACUGGCUACCAACCAGGCAACGGGAAGUUACCUGCAUUGCAGAAGCAGCUGGAAAUCGAGCUGCAAGUGAAAUGCGGGGCAGAGAAACUAAUUCAGCUGUAUUCUCAUGGACCCAACAAAGUAAGUGGAUCACAUUUAAAAUAGUUGGGGCGUAGGGGGGGAGGGGGCUGGGUUUGGAGGUGGGGAGGGGAUUUGGACAGAUUGUUGCCUACUUUUUACAGUUCGGGACAUUUUUCACCUCUGUUUAAAGCUGAUAGUAAGCUGGGGAACCGUGUGCGGCUGUCCGCUCUCUGAUUCAGCAAUGAAGGAGCAUAUUUGUUCUUUAAAUCAAGAUAGAUAAUGAAAACUAGAUUUUCAAGAGUUCGCUUAUGGUUGCAGAAUAGUUGAAAGCGAUAACUUUUACUUGAUCAGCCAUGAAACACUUUUUAAAAUUCUAUGAGAAAAAGAAGCAACUGCUCUCCUGAUUGAUUUAUUUUAAGAUUCUGAUGCUCAUCUUCAUCCAAAAUUCAUUAUUCUAUAACUUAGUUGGUCUGCAAAGAAGUAGUUUGUUGUGUCUAGAGUCAUUCUUCUUAAAGCAGUUAAUAUAGAUUGAGCCAUAAAGGCUCUCGUACAGGGAACGUGGAAUGAAGGGAACAGAAUUCAUACCGUAGUUCCUGCAUGUUAUGCAGAUAUACUGCAUCCUAUUUACUUACAUCCUAUUUUACUUACAGUAAAAAAUAGUACUUUGGGCAAAAAUCUAUAAUUAUGGGGCAAAACCAAGCACACAAACCCUAGCACGGUUGUAUGCUUGGUUAAAUACUUUAAAUUGAAAUUUAAAAUAAAAAAUAUAAUUUUAUAAUUAACUUCACGGCAAUUAUUACCUAUUUAUCCGCCUGUAUCUAAUUACUUUUACAGAACCGGAAACAUCUUGCCGCUGCAAAGACACGGCUUCAAGAAAGUGAGCAAAAGAUCAAAUAUUUACACAAGCUAAUUCUGAGGGAGGGACCUAUUGAUAAAGGUAAAGGUUCUGUGAUCAAAAACAGCAAAUAUAACAUGAGAGAAUAAAUUCUACCUUCUUAUAAUUAUAUUCAAUGCUCGAAGAACCAAUGUCAAUUAACCUUAACUUUAUCUUUAACAAAAAAUGAGAGAAAACAGUCAUAAUGCAAACUGAAUAAUAAUAAAAACAAUAUACUUAUUGGCUAAACUCACAUAUAAGAGAGCCAUGGACAAGCUCUAGAUACAACACAUAAAGGACAUUUAUAUAGCAGAAUACACAUUUCUUUACAACAAUAAUACAUUGUGAGGAUUAAAAGAAACGUUAAUAAAUAGGGGAUAUGAUUCAAAUACAAUUUGCGAAAGAGAACACAUUGGAAUUGGUUUUGGUUUUCCAAUUUGUCAUUUAAGAAAGUUGAUGAAAAUAGUUUCUUCUGCCCAAAAGAGGACUUCUUUGUUUUUAUUCAAUGCCCUGGUUUUUAAAUAUCUGAUCUAUUGUACGUGUGUUUGUGUGUAUAUAUAUAAUUCCACGUUCACCUGCACUCCAGGGUAGUAGAAUAUCCUAUGCCUGCUGCUGCCCGGCAAAGGAUUUAGUACAGUUCAAACGAUAGCACUCCAAGGACUUCUAUGUUGUAGAAGUAACACUUAACUUUCAUUUCAGGGGUUCUCAACCCAGUCCUCAAGGACCCCCUACCAGUCCAGGAUUUAGAUAUUACCUGGGUGUGUCUAAGGUGUUUAGAAAAAGGGAAAAAAAACACCUUAGACACACCCAGGUAAUCCCUAAAUCCCGGACUGGUAGGGGGUCCUUGAGGACUGGGAUGAGAACCCCUGUUUUAUUUAAUUCUUACAAAAUAAAAAUCGACAUUUCAGUUCACAUGAAAAAACUUUCAUUACGAUGAAAGUUUAUUCAUGUAAACUGAAACCUCGACUCUAUUAUUCAUGUAAACUGAAACGUUGAGAUAUAUAUAUAUAUAUAUAUAUAUAUAUAUAUAUUUGAAGAAUCUGUUGUUCAUAUAAAAUAUUACACUUUUUUGAGAUACAUAUAUUGGUUUGCACUGUUUACUCUUUAAAAGGCACUUUUAGUGAGUAUUUUAUUGAGAUUCAUACUAUAUCAAAUAUCCGGAUAUCUUGAUAGCUUGAAAAAACACUGAAUACUUUAUUUUAUAUUUGGUGUUUUAGGGCUGUGCUCCUCAACCCUCUCUUCAAGGCACACCUAGCAGUCCAGGAUUUAAGGAUUACCCUGGUGUGUCUAAGGUGUUCAGAAAAAUAAAAAAAAACACCUUAGAGUCUCAGGUGCUUUUAGUUUUUUAGUUUUUUUCUAAACAUCUUAGACUCCCCUGGGUAAUCCCUAAAUCCUGGACUGUUAGGUGUGCCUUGAGGAGAGGGUUGAGGAGCACUGUUUUAAGCGCACCACUCAUUUAGAUUGAUUUUAUGGCAUUGUGUCCCCUUUACAACUGCCGUGAUUGACUUAAUUUCUUUAUACACAUUAUUGUAACAAUAAUAAUUUAAUGAUUAAUUUAUACAAUUAACGUUCACAUAGAUCUAGUCUGAUAUUUAGAAUAUUAUUGAUCUUUGUUCAUCAUGUCCAUAUUAUGUUCUGUCACACUUUUUACAGAUGAAACAUCUACAUCAGAGACUUAUUAUACUGCCGCUGAUUCAUUAUCAGUGGAGAAAUUACAGCGUCCAGAAUCAUCGUCAUCUGGGUAUUCACUUUGAAUCUUUCUCCCCAAUAUCAUCAGGCCCUAGAACCUCUAAGUUUUCUUCUUCAUCACAUUUGAUUUAUGUAAUAAGUCUGCCUCUAGAGACUGUCUGAUAAAACACAAGUAAUGUUGGGAUGACGGGGAGAGAAGACGUGUUUUCUUUACUGCUUUAUAAUGUAUAUCAAAUAUCGAUACAAUAUGAUAAAAUUAUCUGUAGUUUAUUCUUGUGACAAGUCAUGUUGCCAUAUUUUUGUGGAAUUCAUUCUCUGCAGGAGUGAAACCCAUUAUAGGGUUAUUUCAGCCAAAGGUUAGAGUGAUCCUUGCUCUGCUGGUCCCCACCACCAAAAAAAAGAAUAUUGCCAAAACUCUCACGCUGUCCCUCAGUCCAAUCCUCCUCAGCCGAUGUAACUUCCACUCGGGGCUUGGAAAGAAAGGGGGCGUGUUGCCAUAACCUGUCUGUCCAGAUAAAAAAUUUGCAGAGAAUUCCCAUUAGCCAUAUGGAAGUUCUGUUCUGUACUGACUAGUGAUGACCUAAUGAAGCUACUGGGGGUACAGUUACAAUUCUGACAGCAGAAGGAUUAAUCUCCAUAUGUUUAGCAUUUCAUAGUGAAACCCAGCAUAUACAGACCCCAAGCACCAUUUAUGUAUGUAUUUAUAAAAUAUUUUACCAGGAUGGAUACAUUGUGAUUUCUCUCGUUUUCAAGUAUGUCCUGGGUCACCAUGAUCACUUUAAAUCAGUGAAGUGGUCAUGGUGCCUAGAGUAACCCUUUAUUUAAUCAAAACAACCCUUUUGUGACCUGGGCCAUAAUUAGUUCAUCUCACACAGGGGGUGCACACUGCGGAAUUCAAAAGUCUACUUUGUCAAAGCCCAGCAAACUGCAACAUGAAUUACAAAUAGUCCCUUUAAUAUUUUGCUUUUUCCAAUAAAAUAUAUUGACUGUAGAGAGAUAAUCUGAUAUAAUUUAACAAUACGACCAGAUUAAAUUUAUUUAUUUAUUUAUUAUGAAAGCAGUUCUACUACCUUCUAUUCAAUACCAAGUCUCCGGCCGGAUCCAGAGGUUGAGUUGUCACCUUCUCUACCUUCAUGUGAUUAUCGGCGACAAAAUUCAUACAUACUGGCUCAGGUAAUACUACAAAAUAUACUGACUUUUUAUGUUGUUUCACUCCCUUCAUGCAAACAUCAUCUUUAAUGGAGCGUUCUGCGUGCCUUAUUAACCAUUGCAGAUCAGUGUAGCUGUACAAUCUGGGUGCCUUGCCACAUUUCUUUGCCACAUCUUUGUUAAGUGGUUUGACAAAAAAAUGAACUUUACAAAGCACCCACAGACCACCUGUACUAGGCCACCAAUAUUUCUAUUAUCAUUAUCUAUUGAGUACAACCUAACUCGCAGUGAUUGGCUGGGAGUGCUGGGGGCAUGUUACUCAACACUCUAAGCCACUUAAUGGCCUCUAGACUGGAUAUCAUAGACAUUUACAAUGCAGAAUUGUUAGUAUUCCAUUAUCAAGGUGGCUGGGGAAAGGAUGAUAACCAGGAGCUGGAAAGAUCCCAGUUGAAGUCAAACCAUUGAUACAUUGUUUGACAUUAAACCAGAAGACAGCACCAGGGCACGCUAGGUACUAUAACCACUACAGACACUUAAAAAUGAUAAUGCUUAGCGUUACUCUUUAAUCAUUAUCCACAUUAUGAACAGGUGGAACAAGUAUCAUCAUAUGAAGAACAGUCUAUAGAAUUACCUGAAUGUAUGUCAGAAGUUGAGGAAGAGUUUGUGAACACACCACAGGGUGAAGAAGACCUUAAGGACGAGUCCGAAGAAGUGUCCAAGACUGAAUGGUAUUUUAAUAUGUCUAUUGUGUCUUACAGGAACAUUUUGUUUUAGUACCUAAAUAUCUUUAUUUUUGCUUAAUGUAUUCCUUUCUUCACAGUGUUCAUCAAAAACGUUCAGUGACUCUGGGGGAUUUCCACUGUCACUCUGUCCUUGGUGAAGGGGCAUUUGGAAAGGUACGUUUUAAGAGUGCAUUCUAAUUAUAAUUAGAUAUAAAAGUAGUCCUAACAAAUUCAGUAAAACAUGACUUUGUUUUACAUUUCAGGUCAUUCUUGCAGAGCACAUAGAUGUAAAGAAACUGUAUGCAAUUAAAGCCAUAGAGAAAGGCUUGCUACUUUCAAAUUACAUGGUUCACAGGUCAGUAAACAGAGCUUAUUCAAAAUCUUUGUUUAUUUUUUUUUGUGUGAAAUUGUUAUUUCAUCAUUAUUUUGUCAUUAAUGAUAAAAUGUGUUUACCUUGGAUUUUUAUCCCUCUAUUUUAUAGGCUCAGGUCGGAAAAGCACAUUCUUAUGACAGCAACCAGUCAAAAUCAUCCAUUUCUGGUACAUCUCCUUGCGACUUUCCAGACCAACAGACAUGUGUUCUUUGUUAUCGAAUACGCUGCUGGUGGAGACCUGCUAAACUACAUGAAUGACAAGGAGACGAUUUCUGAAAAUACAACUAUGUAAGUACGAGUAAACCUAGAAACAUAGAAUGUGACGGCAGAUAAGAACCAUUCGGCCCAUCUAGUCUGCCCAUUUUUUUUUAAAUGCUUUCAUUAGUCCCUGGCCUUAUCUGAUAGUUAGGAGAGCCUUCUGCAUAUCCCACGCAUGCUUAAACUCCCUCACUUGGUUAGUAAUUUUGUGACUUAAUUUCUAAACCUGCAUACAAAACUUUAGGAUCCGCUAGCUUUAGGAGUGCCAAACAUUCUUAUAAAAAUUAUUGUAUUUAUUGUAUAUGGUGCUCUGUGUCACUUGCGGUAUCUUUAUAUGUGCUCGCUAUAUAUGGGCAUAUACACAUCAUGGCUGUAACAUCUAGCCACCUGCAUUGCUGUCUGCUGUCCUAUUCAUAAGAGUUUUCAAAACAUAGACAGAGGUGAGUGACACCAGUGCUAAAUGAUCAAGUACCAGCCACCUUCAUUCCAAGUCAUAAAAUAAUAUAUAACUACAGGAGACUUUAUGGUGAAUGUUCAUCAUGGCCGAGCACGGAAUCACAGGCUAUGUGGAUUAGAACCAUUCAGUGCUACCAAUAUUGCAUUUUGUAAUUGACUCAUUCAUUUUCCACAGGUUUUAUAUGGCAUGCGUUGUCUUGGGGCUGGAAUUUCUACAUGCGCACAACAUUAUGCACAGGUAAGUUUAUAAGAAAAGUGAAAGAAUGAGGUCCCCACAAAGUGAUCAUUUAUUUACCAUACCUAGCAGGGUUUAACCUGUUUCUUUUUUGGUUUGAUUGUUUGUUGCAAGGACAAUCUAAGCAACAAACUCACUACAGCUCUGUAUCGUGGUUAUAUUACCAAGUGUCUAAGAAUGAAGUCCCUUGUUUUUUUUUUUGCUAAAUAAUUUUAGAUCAGUUUGACAAAAAAUGGGCCUAACCCAGCCACAGACCUCCCACCCCCUUUGCAGCCAACUUGAUAAUGCAGAAUUGAAGGGUUAAAAUGCUGCAACACGUUGUUAAAAAAUAGUUGGUUAUCUUUAGCAAUAAAACUUAAUAAUGCUUUAAAAUUGAACUGGUGAUUAGUGGGUCCCUUUAAUUUCUUAAUUUUUUUUUCAAAAAAAUGGAAAAAAGUGGUAACUCUGUGUUUAACCUCUAGUGAUACAUAAAAAUAAAUAAAACCUCUUUUUACUUUAAUUUAGAGAUCUGAAGCUGCAGAAUAUAUUAAUAGACAACGGAGGCUUUGCCAAAAUCACAGAUUUUGGUCUUAGUAAGGAAGGUAAAUAGAAUUUUAUACUUAACAUAAUUUUUGAUAAAUUAAUUAAAGGGUUAGUGGUUAUAGUGCCAGGAGUGCCCUGGCUCCCUUUAACUAGUCAAAGAGUUUACAAAUGGUUUGACAAUGUUUCUGGGAUCCACUGAUCACAGCCUCCAGUGGGGUUUCCAUUAGCUCCACUGGACAAAGCCCUUUUUUACCGCAAGGUGUUGUUGCUCUGGUGACAACUUGCACAGCAUGUGUUUCUGUCCUUUACCAGAAAGUGUCUAAUCUGCAUUUGGUUGUAUCUUUGCGACCAGACGUUAUUGACGGUAACAUGGUAAAAAAAAACUGCAAGAUCGGAAAAGUGCUGGUUAUUAGUCUCUUCAAUUCUACAAUUGAAGAGACUAAUUGUUGUUAUCAACUGUUGUUAAUAGUGAAAGGUUACUGCAUAUUUUAUCGACAAACGAGUUUGCUGAAUCAUACUGUACCCCACAUAUUUGCUGAAGCUGAGCAUCUAUCUUCAGUGUGUUUAUAAUGAUCUUUUCUGUUUCGGAGGAAUGGGACUCAAGGACAGAACCAGGUCAUUUCGUGGAACAAGGGCCUAUAUGGCUCCUGAAAUAUUGAAUAGAGAACCAUAUGGAAGAUCAGUUGAUUGGUGGAGCCUUGGAGUGGUUAUUUACAGAAUGCUGUUUGGAAUGGUAAGAGUAGUCAUUUCAUAAGAAUUUGCAGACAUAUUCCUGUUUGAAAACCUAAAUAAAUGUUAUGUAAAUAUGUUCUGAGCAAUAAAAUCGUUCACCACAUUUAGCAAACCAAUAACACAUCAGUUAUCUAGCAAUGUGACCCCAUCAGGAUGAAUGACACACAGCUAUAGAUGGUCCAUAAUUUGAAAAUCUCUAUUUGGCCAUUUUUACAAAUUAUUGCUUGUAGUACAUGUUUGCCAGGGCCGUACUGGACCGCCAGUAAAUUUCUCAGUGGGUUGCUGUAGCUUAUAGCUGGUGAAAAGUUGUUUUGUGCAAAAUGUAGUUGUAAAGGGCUGCCAGCAAUGGGGGGAUACGAGGAGUGACAGCUGCCUUCUGCUCUUCACAAUGAACUGAGGCUUUCCCGGGAUUCAGAAUAACAUCAUAUCCCGGUGGCUGACACUCAUGCAUGAGAAGGAAGAAAGGCUAGAAAGCCACCCGUGCAACUGCUUGUAAUGUGUCUGUAUAGUGUGCCUGCGUGGACCAGUUAGUGAGUUUGUGGGUGUGUAGGGGUCAGGGAAAAAGUGUGUGUGUAUGGGUAUAACCUAUUAUAUAUAUAAAACAUACACACAAAUUAACCCUCUGUGGCUGUUUGAUUGACAGCCAUGGGGUGAUUCCCUAGUUAAUUUAUAAAAGUGCUGAUAGAAAUCAACACUUUGAUAAACUGGGGUAAAACUGGGCUACUCCUCACCUAUAAAGCACUGCAAGCUAAAGUGCUUUUGGGGUAUGGGGUGGUCCUUUAAAUAUACCUCCUCACUUAGCUCUCUCUAUCUGGACCUUUUAGAUACCAAAUGUGUAGAUAUUUCUCUGAGUCUGCCUCUUUCCCCCAACCUCUCUCUGUCGGCAUCCCCCAAGGUUCUGUCCUUGGUCCCCAACUUCUCUAUCUACACUGCCUCCAUUGGUAUACUCAUCAGCUCGUUUGGCUUCAAUUAUAAUUUCUAUGCUGAUGACACGCAAUUCUACCUGUCCUCUCAUCUUGACUCGUGUCUCUGACUGCCUCUCUUCGAUUUCCAAAUGGAUGACUGCUCACUUCCUUGAACUCAACCUGUCCAAAACAGAACUUCUGAUCUUUCCUCCUUCAAGUGUUACUACUCCCGUGUCUGUCUCCCUCCAAGUCAACGGCGCCACCAUCACCUCUACCUUGAAGGCUUGCUGCCUGGGUGUUCUUUUUGACUCCAACCUCUCCUUCACCCCUCAUGUCCAAUCAAUUGCCAAAUCAUGUUGCUUCCAUCUCAAAAACAUAGCGCGCAUCCGCCCAUAUUUAACCUCGGAUGCGACUAAGGUGCUGGUCCAUGCUCUUGUUCUCUCUCGCCUGGACUACUGCAAUACUCUUCUCAGUGGUCUUACGUGUUCCCAGAUUGCACCGUUGCAAUCUAUAAUGAACGCGGCGGCAAGGCUCAUUCUCCUGUCCGCUCGCACCUCCCACACCUCCCCGCUCUGUCAGUCCCUGCAUUGGCUCCCAGUUAAUAUAGGACUCAAUUUAAAAUUCUGGUCCUUGCUUACAAGGCGCUACAUAAUGCUGCUCCAACCUACCUAUCCUCCCUAAUACACAAGUAUGUCCCGUCGUGGCCCCUACGCUCUGCCAAAGACCUACGUAUAUCCUCUGUCCGUACUCCCAUCUCUAACGCUCGCCUCCAAGACUUUUCUAGGGCUGCACCUCUUCUGUGGAAUGCCCUUCCCUCCUCCGUAAGAAUUUCACCCGGUUUCCACUCAUUCGAAAAAUCAUCGAAAACUCACUUCUUUAAGAAAGCAUAUCAAUUAAACUGUUAGCAGGUUUUCAUCCCCCACCCUCCAUGACUCCUCUCCUGCAACUGUCAAAAAUUACCUAUUAAGCCCUCAGUGAAUACGUUUCUAACAACUUACUUCGUACCCCUACUUUUACCCUGUACGUCGAGUUGUCUGGUUACAAUUAAGUGUCUGUUAGUCCACCCUUUGAACAGCGCUACGGAAUCUGAUGGCGCUAUAUAAAUAAUAAAAUAAAAUAAUAAUAAUAAUAUACCACUAUUCCUUUGCUACCCAAGUGUUAGUAGAUCAAACCACGAGGACCCCAUUCCACAGCACUGUGUCUUCAGACACCAAUGUACUACUUGUGUUUAACCUCCUUAUAUAAUGUUUUUGACAAAAUGUUAAGAUUUCAUCACAGUUAUAAUUGAGCUUAUGUACCUUCUAUAUAAAAUUGUAUGGCUACCUAAGAACGCCUCACUACAUUACACUAUAUGUCUUAACGAUAAGAGUGUUAAUGUUUUUUGUUUUUUUAUUGUACUAAUGACCAUAACUUAAUACAUGGUUCAAAUAAAAGAAAAAAAAAACACAUGUACUCAGUUAUAUCUUUUUGUAACAAAAAUACUCUGGAUGAUAGGGUUCCCAAUCUUUGUGACCCUAAUAAAUACUCUCAUCCAUCUCCCCGGAUUACAAAAGAGCCCCAAGAACCUAGCCACCAACCCAUAAAUUGAUACCCUACCUUCACCGCCUUGAAGAUUGGAUUUUUCUUUUGUCUUUCUACUGCCAAAAAGCUAUCAUGGCCCAACUCACAAAAUAAUAGAAUAAAAUAUCAAAUAUAAGUAUUAAAAGAAAAGAAAACUAUUAAACAUAAUACAGUCUAUCCACCCCUUUAUCUAAGCCAGGCUUCCCCAAACUCCGGCCCUCCAGAUGUUGCUGAACUACAACUCCCAUGAUUCUAUGAAUGAAAUAGAUAGGCAUGGGAGUUGUAGUUCAGUAACAUUUGGAGGGAGUUUGGUGAAGUCUGAUCUAAAGAGACAAAUAAUGAGCUCGUCAGACAACAAAGAUCUUUAUAUAUCCCUGUCACCUUUAAUACACUUGGUUUGCAAUGACAACCUUGUUCUCUCUACUUUACAAACUAAACCUGACUUGUUUAAUGUACUUUUUCUUUAGUCGCCCUUUGACCUUAAGAAAUACACGUAUACCUAUUAUAUGAACAGCAGCGAUAUAGAAUUCCCAACGUCUGCAUCUGAAACAUCCAUCUCAAUAAUUCAACAGGUGAGUUGUCUAUACAUAUUAAUGAUUUCUAAUUCGGAUAGAUUUGUCAGCCAAGCUCAAUGUUUUCAGUUACCAAUGAUGAGUAUAAAUUCAUCCUUGGCAACCUGCCCCUGGACAGAUGAAUUCUUAGAUCAGAACGCUCCAAAGGUACCAAAGGCAGUGACUAAAUGGUUCAUAAAAGACCCAGGAAUACAGUCUCUGAUCAGUAACUCUCUCUCCAGUCUCAGGUGGUUCCUAUUCCUUUUUUUUGUAAUAUCUGUCAGAUACCAUGUACUGUUUUAGAAAGUAUUAAAAAAGGGAGGGGAGGGCGGGGGGUUUGAAAGAGGGGACAGUGUUUUUUUUUAUAUAUAUUAUUUAUAUUGUAACAAUUAAACAUGUUCGAUUAGUAUUGUAAUGAAACAGGUUAGUACUUUAUGUGGAUCAUCAUAUAAAUUUAAAUAAACAGCAAUCAGUAACCAGUUCUUUUACUUUGCCUGCAGGGAAUGCUGAUGUUUAUCAAUCCCAAUAACAUUAUCUUUAUGUUAUUUUUUAAAUUCCUUUUACAGCUAUUGACAAGUGAUCCAGAGGUUCGUCUGGGAGGAGGCGAGAGAAAUGCAGAAGAUGUAAAGAACCAUAAUUUCUUUAAAGUACGUCUGUUUAUGUAAAUACAAAUACAAAAAACAAGUCCUGCGCUCAAACUCCCACUACUCUUGGGCUGCAGCAAUGACCAUAGUACACAUCAGCCUCAGUACAUACAGUAAAAAACAACGGAAAAAAGUUACCUGCGCUCUUUGCCAAACCCCUUUGCAUAUUUAAACAAAUGGAGGUCAUUUAGUUACUCCAAUGGCCAUUAGAAAGAAUGCCCACCUGCCGCAUCAAGGCAACCAUGGAUGCUAAGACAUACAAUACAUUUUUUUAGCUUAAAGUAGAUUUUUAAUUUAAGAGGGAAAGACACUUUCUAAUAGCUAAAUAAACGAUAUCUGUUAGUUGUGCUUUAAAAAUAAUGCCCAGUGUCCCAGAAGUUCCUGCAUUUAAAUGCAAUCAAGCCGAGCUCUGAUAGUUCCCUUACAUAGAAACAUAGAAUGUGACAGCAGAUAAGAACCAUUCGGCCCAUCUAGUCUGCCCAAUUUUCUAAAUACUUUCAUUAGUCCCUGGCCUUAUCUUAUCGUUAGGAUAGCCUUAUGCCUAUCCCACGCAUGCUUAAACUCCUUUACUGUGUUAACCUCUACCACUUCAGCUGGAAGGCUAUUCCAUGCAUCCACUACCCUCUCAGUAAAGUAAUACUUCCUGAUAUUAUUUUUAAACCUUUGUCCCUCUAAUUUAAGACUAUGUCCUCUUGUUGUGGUAGAUUUUCUUCUUUUAAAUAUAGUCUCCUCCUUUACUGUGUUGAUUCCCUUUAUGUAUUUAAAUGUUUCUAUCAUAUCCCCCCUGUCUCGUCUUUCCUCCAAGCUAUACAUGUUCAGAUCCUUUAACUUUUCCUGGUAAGAUUAUUUAAUACUGGAUCCACCUUAGCAAAAUAUUUUCCUUAUAAUCUGGUGAAUUAAGGUUAAUUUUAGCAACGGUUAUUUGUGAAUCUCAUUGGGAUCUAUACAGAAUUUAGCUUGUAGGGAAAUUGUUCUGUCAUUCUGUACGGGUAGUUUCCUGAUUUAUACAGUGGCACAUAUUAAUUAUCUUAAAUUAUCUUUUUAACAGAGCAUUGAUUGGACUGCCUUGAUAGAAAAGCAAAUGGAACCCCCAUUUGUUCCAACCAUCCAAGAUGUCAGCUAUGAAAUAGCUAUCCCAGGAGAGAUAUAUUUAAGACCUCUACAAUAUCCAUGGAAACUUUUGCAGGAACAACAGGAUAUGUUUAAAGAUUUUACCUGGACUGCAGACACAUCAAGUCAAGUUUGA